GCAAGUUGCAAAUGCUGUUUGCUUCUUCUUCAUCUGGUUCUGGUGGUGGAGUGGAUACUAGAGUCAGAGAGGAAUUCGAGAGAAACGGAUAAGUCCCAGUUUGUAAGCAGAACAUCAGGCAGCGUUUCGCGGUGCUCCUUUGAAAAUGGCAUCCUCAUACGCAGCAGCAGCUCUAUCCUGGAGCUCUUCCUCUUUGCUUCACAGCUUCACCGGCCAAACCAAUGAAGCUUCCGUGAUGCCAGAUAGAAAAUUGGCUAUGCCGGUCAUUGCCCAGAAGAAAGCCAAGAAGACUAGGAAGAUAAUCUUGAAAGAGGAUGUGGAGUAUGUGGGGAAGAGGGGGCAGCUAAUUGAUGUGAAGGCUGGCUUCUACAGGAACUUCCUCCUGCCCAUGGGCAAGGCCCAGAUUGUCACUCCUGUUUUACUCAAGGAAAUGAAAAUGGAGGAGGAAAGAAUUGAAGCUGAGAAACUACGGGUAAAAGAAGACGCUCAGCAGCUUGCUCGGAUAUUUGAAACUGUUGGAGCUUUCAAGGUGAAGCGCAAAGGUGGAAAGGGCAAACUGAUAUUUGGCAGUGUGACUGCUCAAGAUCUCGUCGACAUCAUAAAGGCACAGCUUCAGAGGGAUAUAGACAAGCGUAUUGUCUCGCUUCCAGAAAUUCGUGAAACGGGAGAGUAUGUUGCUGAACUCAAGCUUCAUCCUGAAGUCACUGCUCGUGUAAGGUUGAAUGUCUUUGCCAACUGAGGUCAUUUGUACCUUCCAAUAACCCCCAGGGACACCUGACAACUUUCACAUUUCUGGGACCGCGCACACGGAGUUGUGAAUGGUUUAGUUGGAGGCAACAAAUCAUAAUUAGUUUGUCAACCGUACAGAUGUACUGAACAUAAUGUUUGAUGGUUGAUCCCUUCAUCCAUAUGUAGUUUGUUGUGUAAUUCAGUCUUAUAGAGAGUUUCCAGGCAUGGAUGAGAAUUGAGAAGCAUGUACUGCAUAAUCUUUUUGGAGAUGACUUCAUGUUUUACUUAAAUGAAUCAAUGGAACAGAUUAUAUGACAGGUUGAUCCCUUCGUCCAUAAAUGAACUUAUUAUAGAG